GCAUGAUAUAUUUUAAAUUCUUUCAAGUGGAAAAAGUGCUGCAGCUAGUGCUGUGUGCAUAUUCAAAUACAAAGACAAAUGCAAUCAUAGUAAUAAGUGCCAUCAGAUCUCAGUUUCCUGUUAAAAAGAGAACUGCUUGUGUCAAUAUAUUUUCACACAGGUCAGAGCUACUACACACAACUUCAGAGACUCUCACAAAACACUGAUCGCCUCAGAGACUUAAAGACCCAACUAAACGUCCAAUACAGAUAAAAAUCAUGGAUGAAGUCUAUGUGAAUACGGAGGAAGUAUUAGGUUGUCGCAGAAAGUCUAAAAGGGAGCAUAAAACUGUGGACAUUUAUAUGAUUAAUGAAGGGAUUCAAACUGUACAACGUGAAACAACUGGACCUGCACACCCAGGUUCUGAAGAUGUAAAGAAGAGAACCUGCAGAGCUGCUGUGAUUCUUCUGGGUCUGCUGUGUCUUCUCCUCCUGAUUGGACUCAUAACUCUGGUGUUUCUUUUCACCCAAGGCAAAUCUCAGUGGGAAAUGGAUACCGUGAUGAACAACGUGACCAGCAAGAGAAAUCAGUUACAGACCAGUUUCAACAAUCUGGUUAAAGAGAGAGACCAGCUCCAGAAAAGAUUGGAAGACCUGACCACAAACAGAGAUGAUCUUCAGAGAAAGCUUCAAUAUUGCAAAGAAAACUGGGUGUACUUCAGUGAUAGUUUGUACCAAGUUUCUUCAGAGCAGAAAUCAUGGGAAGAAAGCAGACAAGACUGUCUUCAAAAAGGUUCAGACCUGGUGAUUAUCAACAGCCGAGAAGAACAGAACUUUGUGAACCAGUUCAAGAGGCUUUUGUGGAUUGGACUGACUGACUCAGAGACAGAGGGGACAUGGAAAUGGGUGGAUGGGACUCAAGUGAACACAAGCUACUGGAAUAGUGGGGAACCAAAUGGUGGCAGAGGUGAAAAUUGUGGACAGAUAAAGGCUUAUGACUCACAAAACAGCUGGAAUGAUGAAACAUGUUCCAAUCAACACUUCUGGAUAUGCAAGAAGAGAGUUUCUCCAUAAUUUUACAUCCAUGCCCAACAAAUUAUGCAGAACACAGAGCCAUGAGAUGAACUGAAAUGAAGCUGAAGAGAAAGCAAUGGACACUUACAGCGAGUAAAAUAAGUCACCAAUUUUCUGAGUUUGGAGUCUUCACACACCCCCGUUCUCUGCGGCCUGCUGGAGCGGGGGGGCUAGGAGGAGGAGUUGGCCGUCUGGCUGGGGUCUGGAA